AUGCUCUUGCUGUCAACUCCAACCAAUUUCGCGGAUGAUCUACUCGAAUAUUGUAUGGAAUAUGGCUAUCUUGACUUGCUCCCAAGAGUUUUCCAUAUCAGAUACGGAUGCUUUAUUACCUCGGUAUGCUGUGCAGUCAAGAACUGGAUCCUCGGUUCUGACGAUUAUCAUCAUCUCUACACCUACGGUGGUACCAAGACCCUGCAGUUCUUUCUCAAGCACAAGAUUGUGGAUUCAAACACGCACAGCCCUUAUUACUCCGCCAGAACAAACAUCACACCUCUCAUGCUGGCUUUGAGGAACAAGCGUUACGAUCUUGCUCGCGUCUUGAUUGAGAACGGUGCGGAUGUCAACGCAAAGUCAAGAAAUGGGACUGGCGAAUCAGCACUAAUGUUUGCGGCCGAACACGGGUUUUAUCGAGACGUUCAGUUUCUUCUCGUUCAUGGAGGAAGCUCUUUCACAAAACCUAUAUACGAUGAAGCUUGGUGCAUCGCUGGUUCCAACGGGUGGGGUAGGUGUGAGAUGCUCAUUGAGAAAGCAAAGAAUGAAGGCGUUGAGUCUAUCCGGCACUUGCAGUUUCGGGACACAUAUGUAGACAAGAAAGGGAAGAAGCAUAUAGUGUGGUUGGGUUUGGAUGAUUAG